AUGGAAAACUCUGGCUCUGUCUCCCUUCCCUCCUCCCCUUCUCCAUCUUAUACCUUUCCUUUCCUCCCUAACCUUUCCACACCUUCCUCCUCUCCCUCACUUUCUCCAUCCCCAAGUGUAGCCUCCACAGCUCUUUUUUGCUUUUUCCUUUCACUCCUUUCCCUGCUGGGCAUUCUCGGAAACCUCUACACUCUGGGGCUUGUGAUUCAACGCCGCAGGGGCCCAAGAAGGAGGCGAAUAGCACCUACCUGCUGUUUGACUCCUGCUUGCCUCAGAGUCUCUUCCCCUUCCCACUCUCCCACCUCCUGUCCCUCUCCCUCCUCCUCCACCUCCUCUUCCCUCCACCUGCAGGUUCUAAGUCUGGCUUUGGCGGAUCUGCUCUACCUCUCCACCGCACCCUUCAUCGUCUAUGCCAGCUUGGUGUCUGACUGGGCAUUCGGAGAGCUUGGUUGUCGGCUCCUGCUCAGCCUGGACCUGCUCACCAUGCAUGCUAGCAUCUUCACUCUGACUGCAAUGAGUCUGGACCGAUACCGGGCUGUGGCCGAUCCCCUGGCGGCUUCUUCAGCACCUUCCUCUGGCUUGCUCCGUGUGGCUUUAGCCUGGGGCCUUGCUGUGGCACUUACCCUGCCAAUGAUGAUCACCCUGCAUCUGGAAGAUGGGGAAAACCAGGAGGGAAAGCUAUGUGUUCCAGCAUGGGAUGAGCAAAGUUCCAAAGCAUACCUCAGUGUGCUAUUCUGCACCAGUAUUCUAGGACCAGGACUGGCCAUAGGGGGUCUAUACGCAGCCCUAGGAAGGCUCUACUGGGUUUCUCAGACACAGCCUGCCUGGGCUGGAGGAAGUAGUGCCUAUCCGCCCCGUGCCCCACGGCCCAAAGUCCUGUUGCUCAUCUUGGGAAUUGUGCUCACUUUCUGGGCCUGUUUUCUCCCGUUCUGGAUCUGGCAACUACUACCGCUGUAUCGACCAGAUGUUCUACGUGUGGUACCUGUAGGCACACAAGUUACUGUGAACCGUAUCUUGACCGGACUAACGUACGGGAACUCAUGUGUAAAUCCAUUUUUCUACACGCUACUGACAGGCAAGCGGCAACGGACCAGCAGGCAGACAACAAGCGCCGCCGCUCCACUCUGCCAAAAAGGCAGUUCUGGUCACCAAUGA